UCCCAACAGCCUAUGAGCAUAGAAGCCAUGCUAGAUUUGGAAAGGAAGGAGGUGCUCGCGCUGCUGGAGAGCAGUCCUAAGGUGAGCACCUCGCCCGAGGGCAAUCGACGCUCGGCCUCUCCGUACUCGAACCCGCGGUCCCCCGUGAGGAGCAUGCUCGACAUUGACGAUGGCACUCCGUCGUCAGCAGCGGCCCAUAGGAGCCCCAGCCGCCAGCCGCCCGUACGGAGCAUGCUAGACAUGUCCGGCCCGACGGGGCCGUACUCCUCCAAGAACAUCGGCGGCGGCAGCAGCACGACACCCAGCACGCCCGUGGGCGACGGGCCUGCCGACCGGUCGUCGAGCCCUGCCGCACAUGCGCAGCACCACCGCAGCAUGUCGGACGCGGCAUCCAGGGUGUCGGACAUGCCCCGCAACGACCCCACGUCCGGCUACCAGUUCUCCGGCAUACUCAACGCCCUGGGCGGCGGAUACCAGCAGCAGAUGCCCCUGCGCGCCGUGCGCACCAGCCGUUCCCAGAGCAGGGGAGGCUCCCUGGGCGAGGCCCUCCGCAACAGCGACCUCGGCGGCCUGCAGGUCCCCGGCGAGCGCCGUGGCCGCAACUCGUCCCUCGGCGGCAGCGCCGGGGCCGGCCUGGCGAGUCGCCUCGGCAACAAAUCCAAGUCCCCCCACGGCCGCAUCUCCAGCCGCUCUGGGUCCCCCUCCACAUUCGGCUCGGCCCAGUCGCCGGUGGCGGGCAAGGGAUACCUCGACGACGGCCAGACGUUCAACAUCAGCGACGCCUACCGCCGCCUGUCGGACGCCAACCUUGCCUUCUCCACCGGGAGCCUGUCGCAGCUGCCUGGGCGCAAGCAGCCCAACAGCCCGGGGGAGGGCCGGCUGGCCAAGGAUUAUCUCGGUCCGGAUGGGGAGUAUCUUGGCUCUAGUGAAGAGGAUGAGGCCUACUCGACCGAUGAUGAGAACCGUGGCCGUAAGAAGGAGCCGAGGAGGCUCAACCCCGACGCCAAGGGUGAGAGGAAGAGCCUCAGCCUCCUUGCCGUGGCAGAGGAAGAACGUAAGUGCGGGUGGCGGCGCUAUCACGGGAAGCAUGCGACGAGGACGAGGGUGCUGACAAGCUUCGGCGGCGAAACGACAACAGGAUCCCAGAUUGCCAAGGCUCAUCAGUACCGGUCGCUGAUCCCGGAGCCGGAGAUCAAGGUGACGAGCUCGACGGGGGAGACGGCCAAGCUGUCCAAGGUGGCGGUGCACCCGCACACGAGCUACGACCACAAGCCCGGGUCGGCGACCCCCUCGGCCAUCGACUCGGACGAGGAGGCCGACUUCCGGGAGAUCAAGCGGGCGCAGAACCUGUCGUUCACCAUGACCAACAUCCUGUCGAACAACGAGGCUCACCGGGCGGUGCGCAUCAUCUACCGCGGCGAGUACAGCAAGAUUGCGCAGACGGCGGACGAGGAGCACCGGCGGCUGCGCAAGUACCUGGUGGCGACGGACCUGAGCGAGGAGUCGACUCACGCGCUCGAGUGGGCCAUCGGCACGGUCCUCCGAGACGGCGACACGCUGGUGGCCAUCUACUGCGUGGACGAGGAGACGGGCAUCACGGCGGCCGACGGCGGCGUGCCCAACGACCCGAAGGCCAUGAAGGAGCAGGCCACGGCCAUCAACACGAUCGCCAGCUCCAAGUCGGCGUCGGGCAGCCUCCUCCAGUUCAUGGGCGGCGAGUCGGCCAGCAACACGCCCCGGGGGUCCCCGGCGCCCAGCGGGCCCCGCGCCGGCGCCGGUGCCGGCGGGCCCGAGUACAACAAGGCCGAGGAGGAGAGGCAGCGCGCCGUCCGGGACAUCACCGACCGCGUGCUCAGGCUGCUGAGGAAGACGCAGCUCCAGGUCAGGGUGGUGGUCGAGGUGAUUCACUGCAAGAGCCCCAAGCAUCUCAUUACGGAGGUGAUUGACCUCGUCAGCCCGACGCUGGUUGUUAUCGGAAGCCGGGGGCGGAGUGCUCUAAAAGGCGUCAUCCUUGGCUCCUUUUCCAAUUACCUGGUGACCAAGAGUUCGUCGCCGGUCAUGGUGGCGAGGAAGAAGCUCAGGAAGCAGAGCAAGUUCAAGAAGACGGCGGUUCGACAGGUCAACAAUCUCAGCAACCCGACAGCGCGUAGCCUUACGCAUGCCAAGAUUGAUUAG